UGUACUGACCUCCUUCUCUGGUUUGACAAAAAAUUGGUCCUAUCUCCGUCCAUACUAAAAAUUCCUUAAAAUAAACAGCCACGUUUAUUUUUUCAAUUUUUCAGUUUCCAAUCACUGUAUAACUCCUUUUUAUCUUCUCUCCGAAUAAAGCCAUUCCGAAUGUUGCCUCUGAUAAAUUCUUGUUCAAUCUUCACUCCUCUAAGUUCUUCAUUACUUCCUCCUCGUAGAUCCACCGUCAUUAGUUGCCAAGCCGCUGCUGACCCAUCAGCUGCCGGCGGACCCUCGUCCUUUCGCUGGUGGUUCAACUUCGGCGCCGCCGCCUCUGCUGCUGCUGCACCUGGGUUUGGGAGAAAUAGCCAAAACUCCGACGAAGUUGCUGAUAAUGGAAUCGGGAAUAACAUUAAGAAGAAGAAGACAAAAGUGAAUGCGAAGGAAAGGCGUUGGUCGCGUAAUAGAGAGAGUUAUUUGGCUGAUGAUGGUGAUGCUCUUCCUCUUCCUAUGACUUACCCUGACACUUCCCCUUGUUCCCCGGAGGAAAUCGACCGCCGGCUGCAGUGUGAUCCUAUAAUUGAGGAUUGCAAGCAAGUUGUCUAUGAGUGGACUGGAAAAUGUCGGAGUUGCCAAGGGACAGGACUUGUCAGCUAUUAUAACAAAAAGGGGAAAGAGACCAUCUGUAAAUGUAUACCUUGUGCUGGAAUCGGUUAUGUGCAGAAAAUAACACUACGCACGGAUAUUGAUGUAAUGGUGGACUUGGAUGAUAAACCACCUUAGACAAAAGAAUACUUGUACCAUUUUGUUUAAACCAGUAUACAUUAGGAAGCUUUGAGGAGACACGUAACUUCGCAGAAUUGUUCUAUUCUUCGAGGAGCAAACUGUGCGUCCAAUAUUGAACAAAAUUGAUUUGUCAAAUAAUGAACAUAUUCUAUACAUCCGUAGCAGAAUAAAGUAAUUUCGGAGAAAGAGAUGAGACGUCUGGAGCAACUGAACAAGUUGGGCAAGGAUCGUAUUUGUAACUUAGCUUUUUCACUUCAGUUUUUUCCUUCUUGGUUCUGGAAUGGUUUUCAUACAGUCAUACGUUUAGUUGAGAAUCUUGGUUGCUUUACUAGUAAUUGAGGAAUAAAAAGUAUUCUUCGUUA